GAAUCGAGUUGUAGUUGUAUUAGUUUGCGGUAGACGAAGGCAUAUCGAAAUAAUAAACAAUUAUGUUGAGAUUAUUAACAAUCUGUAUCUGCAGGGAACAUUCAAAACGUGUGUUUUUGUGUUGUGUGUGAACGCGCUUAAUUAUGCAAAACACAGCAGCAAAGACGCUCCUAACAGCGGUGAAAGUGUUGUUGUUGUUGUUGCAGCAGCGAAAUUGGUUUUGUUCGCUAGCAGCAGUGACUGUGGUUCAAUUUGUUGUGGUAUUCGCUUUAGCAGCAACGAUCAAUUUUCCCUAAUAAAGACAACAAAGUGAAACAUAGGAGAAGAGAGCGAAAGAAAAGUGCGGUAGACAAGUGAAUAACAAAAAAAUCAAACAAUUGGCUUUCUUCGUUUAAUUAUUUUUCGGUUUUCCGCCUUGUACGCCAAUAAACUUGCAGUGUUGCUUGCGUUUACAGUGACACCCAUACAUACAUAAAUACAGAGAUAUGUAUAUGCUGUAUGCUAUAAUAAGUUCAAGGAAAGCAGAAAGCAAAAUGCGAGAAACAGAAUGUGCAAUGCAAUAGUAAAAGAAAGAAAGAAAUUGACGCCUGCUGCUUGGGCCUCGCCUCGCCUCUGUCCAUUUCAUAUUAUGUAAAAAGCAGCUCUGUUGACUCUGGUGCACCUGAUUUUAUGUGUGCGUGCAAUAAAUAUUAAUUCAAUUCGAGCUGCAUGCAAUAAUGUUCAAAACGAAGCCAAAUAAUCGAUGUGCGAAAAUUUACCGUUGUCGGCUGUAAGCUGGCGCGGGGGCAGCAGCAACAGCAGCAUUUGCAGCAACAAAGCACAGCUGAGCGUCGGCGUCGGCGUUGCUUUAUGUGUGCGUGUGUGUCUACGUUUGUGUGCAAUUGAAUAAGGAAGGAGUGGAGAAGGCGAAUAACAACAGUCCCAAUCGGAAGCAGGAGCAGGAGCAGCAGCAGCAGCAGCGGAUCUGCGAAGCGAAUCGAAUCAAUAUUUAUUAUGCGAAAGCCCAACUGAACUGCAAAAAUGUCCAAGUGAAGCAACUAAACUAAUUGGCAACAAGAAUAUAAUCGGAAAGCUGUGAGGCAACCUUGCAAGUUCUUUGCCCUUCUAUUUAUUCGUUUGUUAAACGCAACAAAGCAAAAAUAAUGGAAUUUUAACAAAGUAUCGAAAGUGUACUUCUGGUGCAGGUGCGAGCGGACGACAACCACAUCUAAAAGGGGAAGAGAAUCAGUAGGCGCAGCAGAAGUAUACAAGUGAGAGGAGAAUUCUGUUGAGAGUGGAGGAGGAGAAGGAGCAGAAGCAGAAGCAACAACACCACCACCACCACCACCAUAUGAUACCCACAAGCGUUACCAACUCACCGCCAGCCGCUGGCCUGGCACAGAAUGGAGCCGGAGGCACAGCAACAGCUGCUGUCGGCGGAGCUGCUGCUGCUGCUGCCACAGCAGCGGUUGCAGCGGCAGCGGCAUCGUCGGCGGCAGCACAGCAGAGCAACUACAAUUCAAUUGUGCUGGGCCUGGCCUCGCUCAUACUGGAGGGCAGGCCCAUAUCUGACGAUGAGUACCAACAACCACAUCAGCCGCAGCCGCAGCCGCAGCAACAGCGACAGCCGCAGCAGCAACAGCAUCAAAAUCAGCCAGCGUCGAGCAGCGGCCGCCAUUCGCCACGCCCCUCCACAUCACGGGCUGCCAUCAAUAUAACAACGAAUCCGUAUGCAAUGGCCAGCGGAACGCCACGUUCCGCUUAUGGCCAGGCUCAGGGAUAUGGAUAUGGAUACAACUGUGACUAUGGACAGACCAGCAGCAGCAGUGGCAGUGGCAGUGGCAGCGGCAGCGCCAGCAAUGGCUCGAGCGCCAGCAGCGUCACGCAUCAACGCUGGACGCAAAAGCUCUGUCAGCUGCGUCAGGUGUCGCCGGCAGCUCAGAGCAUGAGCGCAGAGCCGGAGCUGGUGGCGCUGUCCAUAAAUGACCUGAAUGCGGAUCGCGGUGACUUUGAGAUUGUGCGUCGCGUCAUGUUGAAUCGGGCUGGCGCAACGGCUGGUGGAGGAGGCUUGGGAACUGGAGCUGGAGAGACUCUGACCAACAAUAGCUCUAGUGCUGGCAGCUCGCCUGGCUCGGAUAAUAUAUUGCACUCGCUGCAAUCGCUGGCCACCACCUGUCUGCGGGGAGGACCCGCCGUGACCACCGAGACGCGACCUCUAAGUCUGGGUUUAGGCCUGAGCUUUGGUUCGCCAACAACAACAGCAACAGUGAGCGCGGCCAGCCUGCUGGAUUACAACUGCAGCCGGACAACGUUGGGUGGUGCAACUGCAGGAGGAGUAGGUGGUGGAGGAGGAGGAGGAGGGGGAGUGGGAGUUGGAGUUGGAGUUGGAGGAGGAGUAGUCGGAGGUGCAGCAGCCACAUCAACAGCCACUGCCAGCAACAGUGCAGCUGGAAACGGAACUAGUUCAGGUUCCAGCUCCAGUUGCACCACACGGCCCAAACACGGGCCACACUGUGAUCAGUUCCUCAGAAAGAUGGGCCUCGCCAAGGGCGACUCCAUCGCUGAUACCGAGGAACAUUUCUGUGAUAUGUCUUACGUUAAUAUAACCUGUUCCCGCUGGCGAGCCCACUGUAUGAAAAUGGAGGCCAUCCUGGCACGCCGCGAGCCCGUCUGCAUCGAGGUUUAUUUGGGGCCAGCCGGCCAUAAGAUUCUGCUGGAGCAAUGGAUCAUUAGCGGCAAGGAGAAAGUGCCGCCGCCGACAAUGACGCUGCCGUCGCUGUGCAGCGCGAUUCGCAGCCAGCUUUACUUUUCGCAGAUCGUGGCCUGGUGCGACCUGUUGCGCAAAUGCGAUCCCUCGGUCUAUGACAGUGGACGCGUGAUCUUUGCGAGCGGCAACAGCAGCAAUGCGGGUGAUCUGGCCGGGCAAAGUGGUGCAGCAGCAGCAGCAGCCGCAGCAGCUCGGACGCGACGACCGCGUCUCAACAUCUUCUACAGGAUCAGGCCACACGAUCUGAGCUGCAGCAAUGCCAAUUGCAGCGACGGCGGCUUCAGCGCCAAGGCGAAUGUGCACAACUUUCCGCACGUCAACAUCGCCGAGAACUUCAGCGUUGCGGUCUGUGUGAAGAGUUUGCCCCGGUUCAAUGGCGGCCUGCCGCACGUGUCGCCGUCGGUGGCCAAGCCGCGGGUGGCGCGACCUGUGCCGGCGGCCAGUACGCCCACUGGCGGCGGUGGCAUGUGCGCGGCCACGCCCACUGGGCUGGGUGCACGAAUUGUGAUAAGCACAACGCCGCCCGCUAGCAGCUGUGAUAAAUAUGGGGCCAACAGGCAACAGGAGGCGGCGGUGGAGGCGGAUGAUUUGGACGGGCAUCGGGAGAAGCAGCUGCAAAAGUACCGCAAGCGAAUGCAGCGACGCGACAAGAAGCGUGAACGCAAACCCUCUGAGCAGCUGGAGUCCAUGGAGCCCAUGGACGAGGGCAACGAGGAGACGCAAACGCAGGCAAUGGCGCUCACAGUGCUGGCGGCGCCGCGUCGCAUUGCCAUGAUCUCGACGGGCACACAAACCUCGCUGAGCAGCUGCCAGCAGUGCGGCAGCGAGAAGACGCUGCUCUGCUUGAACUGCGAGCAUGGCAACGGGAAUGCUGCGGUCGAUGCUGGCGAUACGAGUGCUUCCGAAAUGGAGGACACAUCCAGCUGCAGCUUGAGCAGCUUCGAUCUCAUUGUCGGCACGCCGCGCAGCAAGGCCGAGCUGCUACUGCAGGCCAUACAGCGUACGCCAAAGAACCGCAAGCCGAUGCCAAAAGCAGCAGCAGCAGCAGCAGGAGGAGCAGGAGCAGCUGCGGGAGCAACGUGUAACGAUCUCAAUGUUGGUCUAGUGCAGGGUCAGAGUCGUAGCAAUCAGAACAACAAUCAAGUGAAGCCGGCGCCAAGCAGCGGCUGUCAGGUGUGCAAACGCCAGAAGACGCAGCACAACUUUGCCAACGGCAAAGCUGGAGGAGAUCAGCAACAACAACAACAGCAGCAGCAGGCAGAGCUUCACUCAAAUGGUACGAAUGGGCACAGCAAGGACGGCGGCAGCGUGGACCAAGACGAGGACAACAGCAUGGAGCAAGAGUUGGCAUUGAGCGCCUCGACAAAGCUGACGCCCAACAUCGACCGCUGCUCAUUGAAUGCUGGCCAGGAGCGCUGUCAGACGCCCACAGAUGUGGCUGCCAGCUGUGUCUUGGAUGAGCGCAUUGUGGUGCAGUUCAAGACGCCCAUCAGCCAUGUGCCGCUCAAGCUGCAGGAGUUUCUGCCCCAGCAGCAACAGCAACAGCAGCAGCAGCAGCAGCAGCAGUUGGCGCAUCUGCCUGCCAAAGCGGCGAAUCAGCUGCGGCUGAAUUGCAAUGGUUCCAUGCUCGACAGGGAGACGCCGCCACCGCUGCUCUCGCCGCUGUUGCGCAAGGCCUUGCCCAAGGUUAACUUGACAACGAUCUUCUGCAGCAGCAGCGGCAGCGGCAGUGGCAGCGGCAGCAGCAGCUCGGCGCCCAUUACGAUUGACAGCAGCCUGGCCUUUUGCUUCGAGACGCCAGCACUCACCUAUGCCCAAUCGCAGUCGCAGUCGCAGUCUGCGUCGCUGCUGACGCCACCGGAGCCGGUGGCUGGCAAUUUGCCCGUGCAGAAGUCCUAUUCGGCGCCAACAUUGCCCAACGCGCUGUCCGUGUCGCCGCGCUUUGCCAAGCAGGCGGCGUUCUAUAAGCGACGCUCGCGCCAUCUGAGCGAUCGCUCGGAUCGCAGCUCGCUGGGCUCCGACGAGCAGCUGUCGGACGAGGAUCUCGAGUCGGGCAUGUGCAGUCCGGCUGGCUCGCCGCUGAAGUCGCGCGCGCGCCUGGCCACACAGUUCGGGGGGCGACCGCUGCUUGGCAACUUGGAGGAGUCGCUGCUGCAGAAGCGUCUGCUGCCCAAGAUCGAGGUGGCGGGCUUUCGUCUGCAGCUGGGCGCGUCGGGCGGCUUCUGUCCCACACAGCUAACCAUUCCGGCCUCCUCGUACUUCUAUGAGCUGCACGGCGAGACGCUCAGCACGCCCUACCUGUGCGAGAUUCGAUUGCCACGCAAAGGUUACUUUGUGCCGCGAUCGGGCACUGUGCAGGCCACGCUGCUGAAUCCCAUGGGCACGGUGGUGCGGAUGUUUGUCAUUCCGUACGACAUGCGCGAUAUGCCGCCGCUGCAUCGCACGUUCAUACGCCAGCGCAUCUUGGCCGAGGAGCUACCAGGCGCGACUGCCUGCGUCAACGGCAUCGCGCUGCAGAGCCAACAGCCAAAGCCUUGCGCACGUGAGCCGAGCAGCCCGACAGCGGCGACGAGCACCACCAGCAAAUUGGGACACUUCAUUACCGCCGAGCAGAUGAAGCGAUUGCGCUACUCCAUCCACCUGAGAUUCCAGACAUCUCGAUCGGGUCGCCUGUCGCUGCACACGGACAUUCGGCUGUUGAUCUCACGGCGAACGGACUGCGAUACGGCGGCGGCGCACGCCAAGGGCCUGGUGGAGGCGGCCAAUGAGCUGGUGACGGACACGCUGAUGCCACAGGAGCCGCGCUACAGUGCGCGACAGGAGAGUCCCGGCAAGAUUUAGUAGUUGCUGAACGUCCUGGGCGUGGCUGGUGUCAGCGGCCACAGCUGUGGCAACGGCGGCGACAUGAUGCGGCGCCUCUGGAAGCAGCUGCAGCUGCGCUGGCAACUCUGGCAACACUGUCCCAGAUAUCAACUGUAGGCAGGCAACCCUAACAGCGGAAAUCGAGACAAAUUUCCGGCAAUUUACACACCGCUUCAUUAGUUACUCUAACUAUACUCUACUCUACUCUACUCUGACCUGCCCAGCCCAGCCCGGCCUCUGUUAAAGUCACUUUAAGGCCUCUAGUUUAAAAUUGAAAGAGAACAUUUCGAUGUACAGCUAAACACAACCAACUCUCUAUCUAUCUCUAUCUCUAACUCUAUCUCUGUUUGUAAAGGGGCCAACAACAAAACAAAAGCAAAAACAAAAACAAAAAGAAAAAAAAAAGAAAAGAACGAUACAAAGAAAUAUCUCAAUUUACACUGAAUCCUUGGAGGUCCACAAUAAUAUGGGCAGCUAACUCUCGGCAGGAGCAGCCGCAGCUGCAGCAGCUCCGCAUAGCAAUACUAAGAAUUAGUUACAACAAAUCAUAUGCAAUACGAAUAUAGAAAUGAGUGCGAAUGAGUGAAUAAGUGUGUGUGUGUGUGUGUGUGUGAAUGAAUUUAUCAAAUGGGGCAGCAAGAAUGGGAUAUCUAUCAGCAUCUAAAAGAGAACCGAAUUCAAUUGCCCUUGCCAAAUUUAUCCAAUUGACGUAGGCAACUUCUAACACUAAUUUAAUUUUGUUUAACCAUAAAUUUGAUUUGGCUAAGAGACGGGAAACAUUAUUUAAGCAGAGCUAAAUCUAAAUCUAGAAUAAUAAUCUAUACAUUUUUAGAGAUUCUAUGUCUAUCUCUGCCUUAGUUUCGAUAUCAUAAAAGCCCUAUCAAGUUUAUCAUCUAUUCAAAUGUUUAACGUUUUCAAAUUGAUGUAUAUCAGAUGGAAUAAGAUAUAUCUGAUUCACAUUUCUAAAUAUGUGUCUCUAGAAGUGUUUACCGAAACAAGAUAUUUGGAAAGUUGUGUGUGUAUGGGUGUGUGUGAGUGUGUGUGUUGGCCAGCUCAUAUCGAUCGUUGUUGUUAGCGUAGCGUGCGAUCUACAAGCGUAGAUUCUUCGUCUAUAGUUCUGAUCAAAUUGAAAUUGAGUUCUUUGCGAAUUUCUCAAUUAUUUAAAUAUCUUUCUAAUUCUCUUUAUUAUUAUUUUUUUUUUGUAAUGAGUGAGUUUUCUUGAAAGCGUGCCUGUGAUACGAUAUGAGCUGCUUGAUGAUGAGGUAUUUCUAUAUAACAUAUAUAGUUCUUUAGUUAAACACAAUUAAACAAAUUUAGUUUGUUUGUUUUUUGUUCAUUACAACAAAUGCAAUUUAAAUGAUAAUUUAGUUUGUUUUUGUUUGAUUGUUUUAUUUUUUCAAUCUUUUGCAUAUGCAAUAAGUGCUUGAAAAAUUUGCCAAGUAAAUAUAUAUAAAUAUAUAUGUACAUCCAUAUAUAUGUACUGUAUAUAUGUUCUCGUAAUUGAAUCGAGCAGCUUUCAAGCACAACUGUACUUCAAUAAUAAUGCUAUAGUUAGUGUGUGUAUACCACUUGGUAUGCGAUAUAGGAAUAGGCGCAGGUAUGUAGUUACCUGUGCCACAUAUACGUCUGCGUGUGUACAUACUACAACUGUGUUAUAUUCUAAUACUAAACUCUUAUUUCCAUUGAUACCUGACUAUAACUAUGUAUAACUAACUACCGCUAUUAACAAAAUUUUCAAUCUAGGUGGUAAACAAUAAAACAAAAACAAAAAAAAAAAGAAGAAUAUAUACAAAAAGGACAAUAGUUCCACACAAACAAGUGAAACUAACAGCAGAAAAUACAAAAAAAAUAAAAUGAAAAUGAAAAAAAAA